AUUGAUUGUUUUUCGGUGCAGGUGCGAUCGCACCUGCUCGCUGCUUUCUUCCACUCGUCGGCCGUGCUUUGUUCACGCCACUUGCAGAUCCGCCAGCAAAGAUGGCACAGCCACAACUCUGUGCGCAUCACCAAAGAAGCUUUGCACUCAAUCACAAGCCGCCAACCAUCUCUGAGACCGGGGGCGGCGAGGAGCCCGAAGUGGAAGCCGCCCACACGAGUCGGCCCAGUCUGCUGGAAUUGGCGCUGCACAACUCGAGCCAGCGCUUCUGGGUGCAGCAGGACGUGAUAUCGCCAUUGUUGACGCCAGCCCCUGUCGCCCCCGCGGGUCGCUCGCAGAGGUCGUUCAGUCUGCCCUUCAUACAAAAGCCUAACGAGUUCGAAUUGGCCUCUCACAAGCAGAGCGGGGAUGGUCUUUUCACCACGAUUUCUGCCCUUUAUGGUAAAUUGCUGGUUGUCAUGGGGAUCGCGUUCCCAAUGGCAGAGGUUAUUUCCACGCAUGUUCCUGUGUCGUAUUACGAGGGGUUUUACUUGUACCUGUAUUUCGUCAGUCUGAUUUUUCUCUUCAGCAUGUAUUGCAUCUCUUUUCCGACCGUCCGUCCUUUGAAAUCGCUGCCAGGCCAAAGGAAGUUCGGCGGCGAAAGGACCGCCGACGAAGAUGAAAGUGACGAGGCGGCCCAGCAAAAAUUGUGGCGACUUCCUAGAAGGCAGACCAUGCGAUACGGCAGCUUUUAUCUGCGCAUGGGGGCAGUCGCAUUCGGAAUAGGAAGCAUGAUCUAUUCGGGGCUGGAGUUUGGGCAGUAUUUCGAGCUGAAGAAAAACACAAAGUGCCACAACGUCUACCUGGCGCUGACCCCACUGACCAGAAUGGCCUUCAUUAUAGCCCAAAUGAUGUUUAUUUUUAUGAAAAAUAUUCGAUUUGAGUCGAGACCGCAGUUGCGGCUGGUCCUUCGUUUCGGACUGAUGCACAUGAUAGCCACAAAUCUCUGCGUUUGGUUGAACGUUUUAAUUCAAGAAACAAAGCACGAAAUCCUUACAUUUUACGACCCAAACAACAAUAAUUUUUCAGCAGUUUUGAGUCACAACAAUAGUCUCCACGAGAGAAGACACAGGCGCGGCCUUGUCGAAAGACACGACCUCUUUGAGUGCAGAAGGACCAAUAUCAUGGGGUCUUUGGUACAGAACGCGAGUCCCUUCCUCUUCCCUUGCACCAUCGAAUACAGUCUGAUCUGCUGUGUCAUUCUGUACGCCAUCUGGAAGAACGUGGUCACCUCGCCAGCCGGCAAGACGCAGCCCGGAGGAAACACGCGUUCCAGCGUGAGGUCGGCCGGCAAAAUCGUGAGCCACCAGACGUCGCAGCACUUUUCCGUCGACUGCGCCAACGCUCACCGUGGCCUCUUCAGCGGCAUUCUGGUGCUUGUUUUCACAAUCAUCUCGCUGAUCAUGUUCUUUGUGUUGCUCAAAGAGGAGGAGUUCCAGCUGAUUGCCAUCUACGAGUUCAACAUUUGCGAGCUCACACUUUACGUUUCCACGACUGUCGCUUGCUUGUGCUGCAUGUUCCAGAUGAGGAACCUCAAAUACGACAUGCGUCGUAACUUAGACUUGGACAACAUCCUUCUUGUAAUCGCCCAAACCGGCCUCUACAUCUAUAGCAUGUUUUCCAUCAUCGCUGGUUUCUUUUCCGUGGAGGUAACUCGGCCAGGGAUUUUGAUCACCGCCGCUUUCUCGCUCAUCCAAACAACGUGCCAGACUAUUUUCCUGCUGGACGCCUGGUGGCGGAGGUGCUCGACAGCGCAAGACAUGCGACGAAAGCCUGGCCGUCAGUUGGUGACAUUUAUGCUGGUGACCAACAUGGCCAUGUGGACGGUGAAUCGGCUGGAAAACACGCGGGCCGAUUUCCACCCCGUGGAGCUGCGUUUCUACGGCGUCUGGGCGUGGACCAUAAUAACUCAUGUCAGCAUGCCGCUGGCAAUUUUCUACAGAUUCCACUCAACAGUUUGCCUCUGCGAAAUUUGGAAGAGCACUUACAAGAUGAGACUGGUGCCUUGAAUGAGCAGCCUUGUCUGCUCUUAAACAAAAACUUUUGCUCAGUUAAUAUUGUUUUCCUCGUCAUUAAAUCAGGUAUAAUCAGUUUUAAGUACAGCGUAAUAGCAUGCAGGGAGCACUCUAGAGUUUAUUAAAAUUAUAAUUGCGAUAAUUGCUCGCGCAGUUUAGAUGGGGAAACCUAAUCGCUGUAUACCUAGACCUCUAUUUCGUUAUUUUCUUUCAUUUGUUUUGUUUCACAUAAGAACUGUUAUGCAGAGUGAUGAUUCAUACCUCACUUUAUUGGGUUAAUAUAUAUGUAUUGUUUCUAUCUAUAUACUCACUGAAUCGUACAACUUCAGUGAAUUUUAUUAAAAUUAAGCAUUAUUUAUCAUG